CAACAUUUUGCAUGAGGUAGUUAAGAAAUAUGGAAGGAAAGCCCUUAACUUCAACUCCGCUUUUAAAAGACUCAAACGCAAUCUAGAUAGAUUUGCGCCAGCGAUGGAAGAGAUAAGAAAGGCAGGCGAAGAACUUGGUCUCCCAAAAGACGAAACAAAGAGCUUGAUCUAUCAAAUUAAGAAGGGCGAGGAGCUCAUUCGCAAGUGCUCGAAAAAAAAUUGGUUGCUGCGCAUUUUCAAGUACUAUGAUGAACUUACUGAGCUGAACGCAGCAAUUGUGACGUUCAUUAAAGUUGACAUGAAUUUACAGACCAGAAGGGAUGUGUUGCGGCUUUUGAAGGCUAUGCAGAAAACAAAAGAAACUAGGCCGUCGUAUUCGGUUCCUAAACCCCCAGAUUUUAUUGUUGGCUUCGAUGUGCCUUUGAAGGAGUUGAAGACAAAGUUGUGGGAGGAGUCGCUGCUUCUACUCACUGCUCCUGGAGGAUGUGGGAAGACCACAUUGGUCAAAAUGCUUUGUCAAGAUGGUGACAUUAAAGACAAAUUUGGGGACAAUAUUUUUUUUGCCACUAUUUCCAAUGCUCCCAAUCUGAAGGUCAUUGUACAAACACUAUUGAAUCAUGCGGGUGCUCAGGUGCCUGAGUUUCAAAGUGAUGAAGAUGCGGUCAACCACUUGCAGGAACUACCAAAAAGAAUUGGAUUAAAUCCUACAUUGUUGAUCCUAGAUGAUGUCUGGCCAGGAUCAGAAACCCUUCUCGAGAAGUUUAAAUUUCAUAUGCCAAAUUUCAAGAUUCUAGUGACCACAAGAACUGCAUUUACAAGAUUUAGCUCAUAUGAGUUAAAACCGUUAGAUGCUAAGGAUGCAAUGACUCUUUUUCACCACUCAACCCUGCAAGAUGGGAGCUCUUGCAUUCCAGAUGACAUUCUAGAUGAAUAUAUAGAUAAGAUAUUGAAAGGCUGUGGGGGGUUUCCACUAGCCCUUGAAGUGAUUGGUGGAUCAUUCCGUGGGCAGAGUGUAGAGGUUCAGCUCAGUAGAUUGAGAAAAUGGUCUACUGAUGACAUUAUUUCCAAUAUUGAUCUGCAUAAAUGUCUCCAAAGAAGCCUAGAAUUUUCAGGUCCUGAGGUCAAAUUCAAAAAGUUUAUCACGGAUUUAGGUUCAUUUCCUGAAGACCGAAGGACCUACACUGCUGCCCUCAUUGAUAUGUGGGCGGAAUUAUAUGAUCUAGGUGAAGAUGGCGUUGAUGCUAUUGCCACUUUACAGGAACUCAACAAUCGGCAUCUGGCUAGUCUUGUGAUGACAAAGAAAGAUGAAAGUGAGUUUAGCAGGUAUUACAAUGAAGACUUUGUCACACAACAUGAUCUUCUUAGAGAGCUAGCUAUAUCUGAGAGUAAGCAAGAGCCAAUAGAAAAAAUGCAAAGACUGAUUAUGGACAUAAGAGAAAACGCCCUACCACUCUGGUACACAAAACAAAAUCAACAACCCACCAAUGCUCGCCUAAUUUCUAUCUCAACUGAUGAAUCGUUCAAAUCAAGUUGGUGCAACAUUCAAGCACCCAAUGUUGAGGUUCUAAUUCUGAACUUUCAGUCAGAGAUUUACAGCUUACCUGAGUUUGUGGAGAAAAUGGAUAAACUCAAGGCGGUGAUAAUCACUAAUUAUGGUUUCUUUUAUGCUGAAUUAAUAAAUUUUCAACUACUCAAGUCUCUAUCCAAUUUAAAGAGAAUCAGAUUAGAGAAGGUUUCAAUUCCUUCCCUUUUCAAGGCCCCUAUAUGGUUGAGGAGUUUGAAGAAAUUAUCCUUGUUCAUGUGCAGUUUUGGUCAGGCUUUUGGGAAUAGUACUAUGAAAGUAAAAGAUGCAUCGCCAAAUCUAAUGGAGAUAAACAUUGACUAUUGCAAUGAUCUAGUGGAAUUGCCCGCAUGGUUGUGUGAUGUUAUCCUCCUAGAAAAACUUAGCAUCACCAAUUGUCAUCAUCUGUCUGCAUUGCCCAAAGGAAUUGAAAUGCUGGAAAAUUUAGAAGUGCUUAGGCUUAGAUCCUGUACUGAGUUGUCAGAGUUGCCAGAUUCAAUUAAAAGCCUCCAAAAGUUAAGAUUUCUUGACAUAUCUGACUGCCUUGGCAUUAGAAAUUUGCCUAAAGAUAUUGGCGAAUUGCGUAAUUUAGAAGAGCUCCACAUGAAAGGGUACUUAUUGAACUUGAACUUGCGUAAUGGGUUGCCACAAUCAACCGAGAAACUUAAGCAACUGAAGCUUGUGAUAUGUGAUGAUGAAGAGAGGGCCAAGUUAUGGGAACCUUUCAUGGAAGUUCUCACCAAUCUAGAGGUCAGGAUAGUUGAAAAAGAAAUCAGCUUGAUUUGGCUCUAGCUCAAAUCAUGAUUUCUGGGAAUUGUUUCCUAAUGGUGAUUUUGGGUUAGGUGGUACUUGGAAGUGAGUUGGCGUUAGUUCUGGAGUAUUACGACAAAAGGUCAAGGAAUAAGUGCUUUUAUAUUAUUACGUUCAUUAUUUGGGA